AUACAUUCAGAGGCGUCUGAAGCCAUGCCACCCAGAAAGAGCAGAGACAAAGAGGUUCAGCCAGCCCAGGCUGAACAUGCAAAUGAUCCCAUCACUUUUCUCCCAGUGUCACGUUUGGCAAAACGGUCCUAUGGCAAUCCAAUUUUCAAAGAAAGGGAUGCAGACCGCAGAGAUGACUUUGCUGAAUCAAGUAAUGUGUUUAGAGGUAUGACUGAGCGUCUGGAUUUAGCAUUCAAAGAACAGAACCAGGCUAUGCGGAGACUUGUUGAGAGUCAAGCAGAAUCCUUCAGACGUGAGGAAGAGUUAAUUAGACAAUGUAUAGAAGAGAUGAGACGGGUCUUUGAAAAAGGCACUAGGGUGAUGCGAGAAACUGGGGAAGAAAGUCACAGACCAUUGCAGGCUGUUUUAGAACAAGUGGUUGAGCAAGUGCGACAGCCCAGAUUUGAGAUCCUUCCUCCAGUCGUUGAAAUGCCCAGACAGAUUCAGAAAGCCCCAAUCUUAGCACUCGGGGGGCAAGGGAAUCAACCUCAUCCCAAUAUUCAACAGCAGCAUUUUGUCAUUGCUAGGAAGGGAAAUGUGGGUCCUCAUCAUCAACCUUGUCCAAGGAUUUUUUCCAGCCACAAGUUCCACCAGCCCAAUCGACAAAGUGAAGGAAACCAUGGGAGUGGAUGCAGACCCUUUUCCAGCUGUGUUUGUCGGCGUGAAUGUUGCAGACCUCAGGAGUGUUGUAGAAAUCGCAGUCUGCCUUAUGCUCAAAGGAACCUUGCUGCAGAAGACUUAAGGUGGGUUCUUGAGGCACAGAGAUCCAGACAUAGCAGGAGUGUCAGGUCAGACCAGCAGAGGCUCAGGGGGCAAGAAAAGAUCACUGUGACCAGGAACUUUAGUCCAGAAGGUGCCAUACGUUAUUCAACUAGUACUAGAUCUCCAAGGAUGGUCAAACCGCCACUCAGGUCACCUUCCAGACGGUGGGAGAAAAUUAGUCAUCCCAAGUUUCCAGCCCAGAAUCCGAGAACCUUGAGGCGCAGACUGCAACACAAGAGGGCUGAAGAACGAAAAAGGCAACAGAAGCAGGUGGAGGCUGAGGGAAGUUCAUCUCACAGACCACGCCAACCUAUGAAAAUGAACAUGGUCUGGGUGAGAAAAGAGAAAAAGGAGGCUGUAACCCAGACUCUACAGAAGGAAGAUAACCAAUCUUCAGCCUCUCCAAAGGUGGCGUCUGUCAUUAUGAGUCCAGACGGAGUUUUGAAAGCAACUUUUGAAGCACAAGAACAGUCUGAGAAUCGUGGAGCUAAAUCAAAAGAAGAUGGCACUAUUCAUUUUGGGGAAUUCUCAGUGAAUUUGUCAUGUCUGGUGCUGACAUUACCCUUGGUUUUCCAAGCCAAGAAGGAGGAGGAACCAAUCGUCUGUGAGUUUCCAAAACAAACAGAAGAAGAGGUAAUUGUUGUUCCAGCUCAGGAUGAUGAAGAGGAGGACAUGACUAACAAAAUUGUGUUUGAAAAACCAGAAGAAAAGAUGGCCAAACACAUUAGGCCACUUUAUAUCAAUGCUCACAUGCAUGGGACUCCAAUCAGCCGUGUCUUGGUGGAUAAUGAAGCUGCAGUCAAUGUCCUUCCAACUUGCAUGCUCUACAAAAUAGGCAAGUCUCUUGAUGAUUUAGUGCAUACUGAGGUUACAAUUAGUGAUUUUACAGGAGGGGUGAAUCAUUCAAGGGGUGUGCUGCCUGUUGAAUUAACAGUGGGAAAUAGGACAUUGAUGUCUGCGUUUUUUGUGGUGGAUACUGUUGCUACUUAUAAUGCACUUUUGGGGCGUGACUGGAUUCAUUCAAAUGAUAAGCCUUUUUCAACCACUACCCACCUGGUGGAGGCUAGAUAUUAUGAAGAAGACAUUGGUACCAUUCGGUUUUUUGGGAUAGACAGACAUGGGAAGCCGAUUGGGAUAACAGCAUGUAGCAGACCGUCAUUGUCUAAGCGUGUUGUGGAGGAACUCUGCAAGGAGGCAGACCAGGGUGAUGAAAUAACUUUGGAGGAGCUGGAUCUUGCCCCAGCCAAGUUGGAUGACUUAAAAGCUGAAGUUCAAGACCUACUGGAGGAGAUCAAUCUAGGGUCUGAAAGUGAGCCAAAGGUAACAUUUGUCAGCGGUUCCCUUGAGCCGCAAACACGAGAUCAAGUUGUCAGACUUCUACAUGAAUUUAAGGAUUGUUUUGCUUGGGAUUACUCAGAAAUGCCAGGUCUGGAUCGGAGACUGGUGGAACAUAAACUGCCAAUUGCAGAAGGAUUCAGACCGUAUAAACAGCCGCCCAGACGCAUGUCUGCGGAAGUCACUUUGAAGAAUGGAAAAUUAAGAGUCUGUGUCGAUUUUCGAAACUUGAAUUUAGCUACACCAAAGGAUGAGUAUCCUAUGCCAAUUGCAGACUUGUUGGUUGAUGGAGUAGCCAGUCACAAAAUUCUAUCUUUCAUGGAUGGUCAUAGUGGGUACAACCAAAAUUUUAUUGCAGACGUAGACGUUCCUAAGAUAGCCUUUCGAUGCCCAGGUGCUGUUGGAACUUUUGAAUGGGUUGUGAUGCCAUUUGGUCUGAAGAAUGUUGGAGCUACCUAUCAAAGAGCCAUGAAUGCAAUUUUUCAUGAUAUGAUUGGUAAAUUCAUGGAAAUUUAUAUUGAUGAUGUUGUGGUGAAGUCACAUGGCGAAGCAGACCACCUGGUCCAUUUGAGGAAGGCUUUUGAGAGGAUGAGGCAACAUGGCUUGAAAAUGAACCCACUAAAGUGUGCCUUUGGAGUGUCUGCGGGUAACUUGCUUGGGUACUUGGUGCAUGAGUGUGGUCUGGAGGUUGACAAGAACAAAGCCAAGGCUGUGAUUGAGGCGAAACCACCACAGAACAAGAAGGAAUUGCAAAGAUUUCUUGGCCAAGUUAAUUUCUUAAGACGUUUCAUUUCUAAUUUGGCUGGGAAAACCAGAGUCUUUUCUCCUCUGUUGAAACUCAAGUCUGAGGCGGAUUUUAAGUGGGAAGAACAUCACCAGUCUGCCUUUGACAUGAUAAAGCAGUACUUAUCCAGACCACCAGUACUUAGGGCUGUCAAAGGGCAGGCACUGGCAGACUUUCUUGCAGAUCAUCCAUGUCUGGACGUGGAGGCAGAUGAAGAAAAAGGGAUUAACUUGUUUUCAAUAAGUUUAGUUCCCAGGAAACUUAAUUUUGAUGGAUCUAGUACAGAAACCAUGUCUGGAGUUGGAGUCGUGGUAAUUUCCCCGUCUAGGCUAAAAACACAAAUGUCUUUCCAGCUGGAUUUUGAUUGCACAAAUAAUCAAGCAGAAUAUGAAGCUUUGAUUAUUGGACUUGAGAUGUUGGUGGAGCUUAGAGUAUCCAUGGUUGAGGUUAUAAGGGACUCACAACUAGUCUUGAAGCAAUUGUCUGGUGAGUACAAAUGUACUAGCCUUGCUUUAGCCCCUUAUUUUGCCUUGGCUGUGCAAUUGCUAGAAGAGUUUGAUGAUGUGUCCAUCAGACACGUGCCUAGAGACCAGAACUAUGAAGCUAAUGAAAUGGCCCAGAUUGCUUCAGGUCUGCGAAUUCCUGAAGGUAUGAUGCAGAAAGUUGUAAUAGUUGAAAAACGCAGUCUGUCAUCAAUUCAUCAACGUGGCAUGACUGUUUCUACUUGCAGCAUUGAUGUUACCCAGACAGACUGGCGCUUUCCAAUUAUUCAGUACCUUAAGGAUCAAAGCAUUAAGGUAUCUAGGAAAACCAAAAUGCAAGCUCUCAAUUAUGUUUUGAUUGAGGAUGUGCUUUAUAGGAGAGGCCAUGAUGAACUAUUGCUAUGUUGUCUGGGCCCAGAUGAAAGUUUCCAGAUGCUGUCUGAUGUCCAUGAUGGGAUUUGUGGUGCACACCAGGCCGGAAUCAAGAUGCUCUGGUUAAUUCGCAGACAUGGUUUCUUCUGGCCGUCUGUUCUGAAAGACUGUAUUGCUUAUGCUAAGGGCUGUAAAUCUUGUCAGAUCCAUGGGCCACUUCAAAGAGUUCCAGCCUCGGAACUUAACUAUAUUGUCAAACCGUGGCCAUUUCGAGGCUGGGUUAUUGACUUGAUUGAUUAUUUUACCAAAUGGGUGGAGGCUAAACCAAUGAAGAAGGUAGACCAAUCUGAUGUGAUUAAGUUCAUCAAAGAGGACAUUAUUCACAGAUUUGGUCUGCUAGAAACAAUUACAACAGACCAAGGCACAGUUUUUGUCAACCAUCAAGUGGAGGCAUUUGCAAAGGAAAUGGGUUUCCGUCUGUUAAAUUCUACCCCUCAUUAUGCACAAGCUAAUGGGCAAGCAGAGGCUUCUAAUAAGGUGGUGAUUAAUUUGCUUGAAAAAAUGGUGGAUGACAACCCCAGACGCUGGCAUGAACUGUUGUCUGAAACACUGUGGGCUUAUAGAACUUCACAAAGGAGUUCGACCAAAAUGACACCUUUUGCCUUGACAUAUGGCCAUGAUGCAGUCUUGCCAAUGGAGUUAACAGCCAGGUCUUUAAGAAUAGCAAUUCAGCAUAAUCUCCAGUCUGGAGAGUACGAUGAGGCCAUGAUGCUUGAGUUUGAGGACCUUGAAGACACACGUUUGACAGCUUUAGAUAGAUUGCAAGCUCAAAAACUCAAAAUUGCAAAGUCUUACAACAAGAGGGUAAAAGGUAAAAAUCUAGCAAUUGGUGACUUGGUCUAGAAAGCAAUUUUACCUCUUGGCAAGAAAGAUCACAGAUUUGGGAAAUGGUCCCCAAAUUGGGAAGGACCAUUUCGAAUUCAUGAAGUGUUGAGAGGGGGUGCUUAUUGGUUGGAGUCACUUGAUGGAGAGCUUCAUCCUAGAAAAAUAAAUGGAAUUUAUCUCA